GUACUAUGUCGCGUCUCGAGACUUCGCUUUCCCGUCCCAUGGAAUUGCCUUGUGCGCGUUACGAGCGAGCAAGUGGUCGUCGUCGUAGGAUGCUCGGUGACAUCGAGCCCGCGGUCUCGAUGUCUCUGCAUGCAUGCACUCAAGACAUGCUGUGCACGUUUCACAUCUCAAAAUCACUUCGUUUUCGUACUCUUAUGGACCAUGAGUGGGACACGACCCUCGGGUGACUACCGCCUCACUCGAUGUCGCGCCCCCCAUGUCCGCACCGCGAGACGCCCUUGCAGCUCUUUGCGGCUAUUUUCGACUUCUUACCACGAGCCCGGGAUUCUUCACUCUCGUGACGGUCAUAUUAGUGCCACUGAAUGCCCGCAGCACGAACCUUACUUACCCCUGCCGCAGUUCCCUCUCUCAGCAGAUCCAGACCAAUGGGGCGCGAACGUCUCACCCGAUAACAAGGAAGCCGACGACGACCUCCACCAACCAGACCCCCGUGACAAACCUCGGAGAAUAGAACGCGAAGGCCCCAUCUUCACAUGGCGCGGCUUCGUGAACGUCGGCUUCCUCGUUCUGGUCGUCGGCGCGUUGCUCACCCUCUUCGCUGGAUACCCGAUCAUUACCCACUUCCGCGACAUCCGCAUGGGCACCCUCGGCGGGUACAACCUCGGCGGAACGAACGCGUCGGGGCAGGUGCCCACCCUGCCGGGAAACCACGGGCUCAUCGACGAGGACACGCCGACGAGCGCGUACCACACGCUGUCGCGGUACGACGGCAAGACGGAGAUGACGCUCGUGUUCUCGGACGAGUUCAACACGCCCGGGCGCACGUUCUGGCCGGGCGACGACCCGUACUGGGAGGCGGUCAACCUGCACUACUGGGAGACGAACAACCUCGAGUGGUACCACCCGAACGCGAUCCGGACCGCGGACGGCAGUCUGGAGAUUACGCUCGAGGAGAAGGCGAUCAAUAACUUGAACUACCAGGGCGGGAUGAUCAGCUCGUGGAACAAGUUUUGCUUCACGGGCGGGUAUUUCGAGGCGAAUGUGAGCCUGCCCGGCUUGAACAACGUCGCGGGGCUCUGGCCGGCCAUCUGGACGAUGGGCAACCUCGGCAGGGCGGGCUAUGGCGCGAGUCUCGAUGGCUUGUGGCCGUACUCGUACGAUUCAUGCGACGUCGGUACGGUCGCGAACCAGACCGUCGACGGCAAGCCCAUCGCGGCGACGGAGAACGGCGACGCGAGCUACGGGGGUGUGCUUUCGUACCUUCCUGGGCAGCGCCUGUCGAGAUGUACGUGCUCGGGCGAGAGCCACCCGGGGCCGAAGCACAGCGACGGGACGUUCGUCGGGCGCGCGGCGCCGGAGAUCGACAUGUUGGAGGCGCAGGUUGGGGGGACGCCCGCGGUGGGGCAGGUCAGCCAGAGUGCGCAGUGGGCGCCGUUCAACGCGGGAUACGAGUGGUUCAACACGAGCGCGAACGAGGUCGUUUAUGACACGGCGAUCUCGUACCAGAACACGUACACGGGCGGCGUCCUCCAGCAGGCGACGAGCGUCGUGACGGAGACGGAUCAGGACUGCUACGAGUACGAGACGGGGUGCUACUCGAUCUAUGGGGUGGAGUACAAGCCUGGGUUUGACGACGCGUACAUAACGUGGAUGUCGGAUAACAAGCAGGCUUGGACGCUCACCGUCGCUGGCCUCGCGGCGGACUCGAGAGUCGACAUCUCCUCACGACCGGUAUCACAAGAGCCCAUGUACCUGAUCAUGAACCUCGGGAUGUCGCACAACUUCGGGGACGUCGACCUCGCGGCGAUCCCGUUCCCGGUGCACCUGCGCGUGGACUACAUCCGGGUGUACCAGCCGAGCGACGCGAUCAACAUCGGGUGCGACCCGGACGACUUCCCGACCGCGGCGUAUAUCGCCAGGUAUGCGGAGGCGUAUGCGAACCCGAACCUGACGACGUGGAAGGACGACUAUGCGCAGGAGUGGCCGAAGAACUCGUUUUUGGGCGAGUGUUGAGCGUGCGGGUGCGCGCUGCUCGUGUGCAUUGGGAACAUCUGCUAUGCCCCACGCUCUCUCACUGCGACUGCGACGAGUCCGACG